AUGGUGGACCGUAAAAGAGCAUUUUCAAUCAGGUCCGAUGAUGAUGAUGAUGAUGACGACAAUGUUCCUUUAAACAAAAAAGUAAAGACUGAAACCCCAACAACAGAAACCAAAACCAAAACCCCAAUUAUAAACGACGACAAUGAUGUUUCUGAUCUCGAUACAGAACAAGUAAAGAAAACACAUGCUAGAGAAAACAAUGGGAAGCCAGACAAGUUGAAGGAAAUAACAAAGAGAGAAAAAGAAAACGGCGAUGCUGAUGGUAAUAAUAAAAAUAAUAACAAUAAUGAUAAUAAAAAUAAUAAUAAUAAUAAUAAUGAGGAGGAGGAUGGGGGUGAAGAUGCUGAUGACAAUGAUGAUGAUGAAGAUGACGAUGAUGACGAUGAGGCAGAGGAGGAAAAGAAACGGAUUACUAAUUUCAACUUUGAUGGAGAAAUUUACACAUUCAAGGAAAGGCCAUCAGUGAUAGAGGAAAAAGAGGGCAAGAUUGAAUUCCGAGUAGUCAACAACGACAACACCAAGGAGAGCAUGAUUGUCUUAACUGGUCUCAAGAAUAUUUUCCAAAAACAAUUACCCAAGAUGCCUAGAGAGUAUAUUUCUCGACUAGUUUAUGACAGAUCACACCUCUCCAUGGCCGUAGUACGAAAACCAUUGACUGUGGUCGGAGGAAUCACUUACCGUCCGUUUAAUAAUCGAGGUUUUGCCGAGAUUGUCUUUUGCGCAAUCUCGUCUACCGAGCAAGUGCGUGGGUAUGGUGCUCAUUUAAUGAAUCACUUAAAGGAUUAUGUACGAGCAACUUCUCCAAUAAAACACUUUUUGACAUAUGCAGAUAAUUAUGCUAUCGGAUAUUUCAAGAAGCAAGGCUUUACAAAAGAAGUAACCCUAGACAAGUCUGUUUGGAUGGGGUAUAUUAAAGAUUAUGAAGGUGGAACAUUAAUGCAGUGUACAAUGCUACCGCUGAUUUUGAGGUAUCUUGACCUGGGCAAGAUCCUUUUGUUACAGAAAGCUGCAAUUGAACGCAAAAUCAAGCUGCGAUCCAAGUCCAAUGUGGUGCGUCCUGGAUUGCAAAUCUUCAAAACCAAUAGGGAUGCCAAAUUGGACUACAAGGAUAUUCCAGGUUUGCUAGAAGCCGGAUGGCUGGAGGAGAUGGAUAAUUUGGCACAAAAGCCAAAACGUGGUCCACACUACAAUUUUAUGGUUACCUUAUUUUCAGAAAUGCAAAACCAUCCUUCAGCUUGGCCCUUUGCCGUACCCGUUAGCAAAGAAGAAGUUCCAGAUUACUAUGAGGUUAUCAAAGAGCCCAUGGACUUGUCAACGAUGGAACUGAAAUUGGAGAACGACAAGUAUGAGUCGUUUGACCAGUUUCUUUAUGAUGCAAGACUCAUAUUCAAGAAUUGUCGAUCAUACAACGGUGACACGACAACGUAUUACAAGAAUGCAAACAAGUUGGAGAAGUUUAUGAACAACAAGAUCAAGGAUAGUGCGGAGUAUAGUCAUUAUCUAGAAUAA